AGUGCAUGCCAUGAAAACAAGCCUAUACACAUAUCCUUGACAGUGAUAUAAUAAUAGUUGCACAUGUUUGAAUGCAGUUGCACUUUUAUAAUCAUAGUGAAUGCGUUUGCCGUCCUUAUCAACGGUUUUUCGACUGAUAUCAUUAGCUUAAUUCGACAGAGCUCUCAAACUAGUUUACAUAUAUACUUGAAUAUGUGCAAUGGAAUCAUCUAUAAAAUUUAGUGCCUAACUACAAUGGAACAGCUACCUGAAGACGUGAAAGAACUAUUGGAAAGUAUCUUUAAGAAGAGUCUAAGUGAAUUGAAAGUAAGUCUUCAUGAUCCGAAUAGAAAAGGUGCGGGUCACUUGGGGGAAUUUUUCUUUGUCUCUUUAAGUGACACUUGUAACAAUCUACGACAUGAGAUUGCAGUCAAAAGAAGUCUUACCUGCCAGAGCGAUUUGUUUCAAAAGUUUUUGGACUCUGCCUUCUCCAACGAAAUAUAUUUCUACAAGACAUUAUUACCAAACUAUAAACGCCUCGAGGAGAGGUUUUCUACCGAGAGAUUCGAUAAGACGCCUCAUUUUUAUGGAGCAAAUGAAAAAUGCACCAUCCUUGUGCUGAAUAACCUGAAGCUGUGUGGGUACGGAACACACGAUAAACAAAAGCCUUUAGAAAAACAGCACUACGAUUUGAUAUUUGAAACCUACGGCAAACUUCAUGCGCUUUCCUUUGCUUUGCGUGAACUGGAUUCCGACGGGUUUUUGGAAGCCAAGGAAUUCCUCAAAGUGCCUUUUGUUGAAGACUUUAAAACAAAGUCAAGCGCCGAGCUGCAAGAAGACUUGACAAAAUGGAUGGGAAAUUCGGAAAAAUUGAAGAAAGUCGUGGGAAAUAUUACAGAGAACUUAAGGGAGGCCUACGUGUAUGCCGGGGAGAAUGAGGUACUACUUCAUGGAGACUGUUGGAGCAACAAUAUUAUGUUCAAAUACAAUGAAUCAAACAAAGUCGAAGACAUCAAAUUGGUAGACUUUCAGCUAUGCAGGGUGGGUACUCCAGUAUUCGACCUAUCCUAUUGUUUUUACUCUGGGGCAUCCGAGGAGCUAUUGGCACAGUUAGAUUACUUCCUGGAUAUAUACCAUGGCAGUCUAUCACAAAGUUUGAGACAAUUCGAUUUGGAUCCUGCUAUAGUUUACCCAAUGUCGACAUUGAGAACAGAGUGGAAAAAGUAUUGUAGAUAUGGAUUCUGUUCUGCUAUGACGAUAUGGAAAGUGAAACUUGCUUCAGAAGAAGAUGCUCUGGAUAUGACGAAGUCUGAGGAGGAAAUACGAGAGAAUUUUGGGGGAGAUAAGCGUAUAACUGAAGAGUACCUGUGUAAAAUUCAAGAGCUAGUGCAUCAUAUGAGAGAGAACGGUUUUGCGUGAAUUGAAUGAUCUUUAUAUUAUACAGGGUGUUCGUUUGAAAACUCCCCACCACGGAUUUAUCGCCAAGACACGUCAAAAGAUUUGUUAAGGGGGACGACUUUUUAACCAAAAACUUCUUCACCCGCUUUCACUCUUUGCCCACCCGGGUCAUCCAUUUAAAAAAUUCAAAUGUCAAGGAGUAUCGAGUAAUAGCUUAUUUGAAAGGUCAUUGUUUUGACGUUUAAUUUCUUAAAAUCGGUCGGUACGCUGUUAAGAAAAUUAAAAAAAUACAGUUCGUCUAGGAUAUCUGUCUUCUAAUUCGGGUUGUUAUUUGGUUGUUGCCACGUCUAAUUUUCCGAAUUGCUGUUUAUGUUGGUAGUUUCUUAAAGUAUAAAACAAUUAUGUUUUUGGCAAACCCUAACGGGCAACCUUGUGAAUACGUAUUAAGUUAAAUAGUUGAAUCCAGUUCAAGUGAGACCAGACACAACAACCAGCACGCGUCGCUGGCAUGAUGGUCGUAGACACAAGAACCGAGCAGGGUCGGACUCAAAACUAUGGAAAUAUUAAGGUGAUAUUUCAGAACUAAAUAUUUAAAAAAGAGACAUCAGUAAAUAAUAACACAACACUACUGUCACAGAGUCAAUAGAGGUGAUUGAAAGUUAAGGGGGGCACAAAAAGUAAUUAUACAUGUGUGUUUGACAAAAUCAAUAUUUUUCACUUUCACUAGAAGAGCUGUCAUCAUAGAUGUUGAUAAUUAGCGGUUCAAUAUGCCUUUCAAUUAUGUUGUCUAGCUCCCGCAUUGCAACCUCCACUUUCUCCUGAACAUGCUUCAUACAUUUUAACCAUUUUUCUGGUGUGAUUCUCUGCAACGCAAGGUUGAACAGCUCUUUCAUGUCGGAAAACUUGAAUGUUGUGUUAUGUUCAGCAACAAAAUCCUUUAUAUCUGCCCAUAUGAGCUCAAUGGGGUUGAGCUCACAGUGGUAAGGAGGCAAACGAAGUACCAUUUUAUUGUGCGCUUUUGCCAUCUCGUCCACUAUAUAUUUAUCAUAUUUUGCUCUGUGUUGUAUAGUUGUAUAGUUUUUGCACGUAACCAGUCCUGUAUCUCUGAUUUCUUAAAAGAUGAAUUUGGAAUUUUUUCUAAUUUCCGAGAAUGAUACGGAGCAUUAUCCAGGACCACCACAGAAUUGUCUUUAAGACGUGGUAAAAUGCCUAAAAACUAGUUUUCGAAUGCCUCACCAUUGAUCCCUUCGUGGUAGCCAGUGGUUUUUUUUUAUUCAAAACACCAUAGUCCUUCCUUCACGAAGCCAUCUACACUCCCGAUGUGGCAAAUAAUGAGCCUUUUUCCUUUGCCUAUGAAGAUAAAACUUGUUAAAUACGGAUGUACAUUAUAUGUCUUUCACAAGAGUACUGAGGCCACGGAGAUAGGGACACAUUUCUGUAUUUUAUAUACGAUGCUAUAUUGUUUCUCAUGAUAGCGGGAUGCAUACGGUGAGAUAUAUUGGACACUUCAACCAAUGCAUCAUUUAAUCUGUUGAUGAACAUGGUUACCUUAAAAAACAAAAAGAAACAGGCAACAUCAAUUAAACUAAAAAAUUAUCAAGUGUGACAAACUUAUCGAAAAAUUUACAAAUCAACGCAAUGUCUGACGUUGUUAAUUAACGUGUUACAUUCCGUGACGAACGAGAUAUGUUGUCUCUGAAACGCUCGCAUUGCUGUAAAAAAUCUUGUCAUCGAUACCAUAAGAAUUCCAACGUAGAAUACAUUGAUUUCCAGAGUGAACAUCCCCUCGUUUUUUCUAGACAUCUGAUAACGUGUAAUGCCUCAUUUAAAUUACUGGCUAUGAAAAAUUAUCUAAUAACUAUUGUUGGAUUUUCUAAAAUGGAAUGUCUGCAUUGCCUGUAGGGUUUUUAAGCCCAGUUGAAAACCCAUCUAAAAACGCUCUUCUUGCUGACGUUACUGUUUGGUCCACCCAAACUUUUGAUUUUGUAUGUCCAGCAUUUAUCCACGUCUCGUCCUGGAAGUAAACUCUACGGUUUUGGCUCCUGUAUGUUUUUAUUUUUGUCAAAUACUCUCUCCUCCAUAGUAUAAUUUCAUCUCUAUCCAUCAAUGAACUGUUUCGGCCUCUCUUCUGCAAAUUGAAGUUGAGUUCCUUUGAUAGCCUGUAGAACGUCGUUUUACUAAAAUUCGGCAAAUCUGAGUCUUCAUUCACUACUUGCAAAAUCUUAUCAAUUGUAGGAAUUUCAUUCUGGAAAAAGAAUUCAUGAACCUUCCUUCUGAUCGCAUGUAUGUCAGCAGCAUCUAUUUCUUUAAUUUGGCUUUUACGGUUCUGGUUCGUUUUAGGUUCAGCAAAUGCAUUCCGUAAUUUAUAUUCUUUGAGUACUCUAAAUACCGAUGCACGAGAAACUCCAACUUUAUUCGCCACCCUCUGCACAACAUCGUUGACGCUGAGCUCAGGUUUUUCCUCCGUUUCAGAUUUGUAAACAUUUAAAAUAAUUUCUUUCACUUCGAUGCUCAAAUGGUUUUGUCUUGAUCGUUUCCUGGGUGGACUCAAUGUAGUUCUCCCUUCAUCAGCUGUGUCGGUAGAAGACAUGGUCAAAAAACACCAGACAUAACAGAACUUAUAACAGCGAUGCACUCGACGCCACGCCGCGGCCUGAUUACAACUCUGGUUUUUGUAGACAUCAACGCGGCGCAACGGCGGGUUUUGUAUUGCUACAGUCUAACUAGGUCUUAAAAAAUGUUCGAAACUGCAUGUUUUCCAAAUUCAUGGAGUUUUAUAUUGGAGCCACUUCAGGACAUUGUAUUUAACAAAAGCAUCAAUAUGAGGGGCGGAAAGUUUGAAAAAAGAAAAAUAAAAGCUACGAAAUGAAGCUAUUAGUUGAAAAAGCAAGCGCUUCAAACUACAACUUCAAACCGUAAAAUGCCUGAACUAUAAUGAGACCCUCUGCGGGAACAUCGAUCACGCGCUGAUCACGCUUCGAGUUUGCGAUGUUGUGGUCUCACUUGGGCUGCAUUUUAGUAUAGUGUGUUUUUGUUUCAUGUCUGAACAAAUUAAGAUACUCGUGGAUAAAGAUUUUUCUAAUUUUCUCGAAAACGAAUCGACUGUUCAGGGAAAACCAAACGUCUAAGUAGAGGACUUAGAAAGGCCUUUCAAACAAGCGAUGACUCGAUACCUCUUGUCAUUUAAAAUUUUUAAGGGUAUGACCCUGGUGGGCCGAGGUGAAGUAGUUUUUGGUUAAAAAGUUGUCCCCCUUGACAAAUCUUUAGAUGUAUCUCGGCGUUUUUUAAUCAGUGGUUUUCGUAAAUUCGUCGUGUAUAAUGGCAAAGUAUCCUUUUUUAGCGAUUCCUUAAUUCCUUAAAUCCAACUUACACGUGCAAAUGAAGUUGAACCUAUUUAACCCAAUUUAAUUGAUGGUUUAAAAUACAGGAAAUUUUAGGUACACCAGGUAUUUUUUGAUGUAGAAUAUUUUUUAAUAUUUCUACCAGUGGCGUUCGUAUCCUGGAGAUUUUUCAAAAAAAAUGUAUAUGCCAUUGCCUUUUUCAAAACAUAUUUUUGAAAUCAUCGUUUAUCUUGCAAUGAAUUUGACCUGUUCACUUUUUUCCGUCUGAUGCACCGUUUUUGCGUAAAAACAGAAAAACCAUUUUCAGACAUUUGUGGUAUAACGAAAUUAUUUUGAACUUGAAGACUGGUGCCCUAUUUUGUUAAAUAGUGUCAUUGGAUCGAUUACGUUGCGGUCCUAUUUUGAGGUCAUAUAAAUUUUUCUUGCUAAAAUGAGCUAAGGAAUAAUAUCUUGUAUUUUCAGCCAUCACUUAAGUUACACCCUGCAUAAUGUCAAAGAAGUCUAUGUAUAGCAAUAUAAUAGAAUGUACGAUUGUAAUGAAGAUUUCUAUAGUAAUAUACUCUCCACACUUCUCUAAUUGAACGUUAAUAUUUAAGGGGGCGACUUUUGUGACUACAUUAAGAAGAAAGCUUGACUUUUGACAUGAAGGGUGGUAACGUUUUCAAUGAAUUGAUUUUACUCAAAAUGAAAAAAAAAAUAUGUUUCUAUUCAUUUACGAAAAGAUUUGAUCUCUUGAAUUUUUUUAAUUCGACGCAAGGUUUUCAUCUGACAAAAUACACGCCCCUUCCCACUUCAGUUGGCCCACUUCAAGAUUUGUACCAAAAUAUGCCUUUAUAAACUAAAUAUGACGAAACUAUUCACUUCUAAAACAAUUUAUUUUCUCAAAAACAUUUUAGAUACACUCUAGUCGUAAAAAAUACAUAUUUGAAAUCACUUAGACCUAUAACUAAUAGAACAUCUGAACAAAUAAACAAUGUGCGAAUAAAUGCGCGAAGUUAACAAAGCAACAAUUGAAAGAUUACCAUUGGGUAACAUCACCUUUAUUUUUUAUUACGGCUGAAAUUCUUUGGGGCAUAGUGUUAACCAAGUUUUGGCAAAAAUUUGGUGUAAAACAAACCCAUAUUUCUUGAAGCUUUUGUCCCAGUUCGGUGAUUGUUGGAGCAGGAUGUUGUCGUAGAACCUUUUUCAUCUCGUGCUACAAAGUUGCAAUAGCUGAUAGAUCUGGACUGCUAGAAAUCCAUUUCAAAAGUGGUACAUUAUUUUCUUCCAUCCAUUUUAUAGCCUUUUUUGAGGUAUGGCACGCUGCACCAUCUUGCUGAAACACAAAAUCUUGGCCGGAUGUCAAACAUUCUUCCAUCACUGGUAAAAGCGAUUCUUCUAAAAUUGCCAAAUAUUUGUUUGUAUCCACAUUUCCAUCAAAAAAAUGAAGUUUUCCUACUCCUGUUGAUGACAUACUGCCCCAGACCAUAAUGGAUGCUGGAAAUUUCACUUUUCUCUUCAGACAGUCAACAUGGAAUGCUUCAUUUUUUUGCGAAUAACUCUACUGCGACUGUCACCAACACAAACUUCGAAUCGGGCCUCACCACUUCAUUGUAUUGCACACCAUUGUUGAGGUGUCCAUUGUCUAUGUUCUUUAGCCCAUCUAAGCCGAUUUUUCUUUUGCAGUGGAGUUAAUAGUGGCUUUUCUUUGGCCUAUAAACAAGUUGUGCAACUUUAGGGUUUUUACUUCACUUUUUUUUAUAAGAAAACUUACCUUGCAAGUGCUAAAUCCCAGUUUGUGGGCCUCUCUAUGAGUUGUGGACCUCGAAAUUCUCCUUCCAACAGCGUCACUCCACAGAGCACUUAAUUGUAAAUAAUUGGCACGCCUGUUUUUCACGAUUAUUCGUCUUAAUGCUCUUCAGUCGGCAUUUGUGAUAUUACUUUUUUCACAUUUCGUGGCUUAAUAUUAACUGAACCAGUUACGUUAUAUCUUCUAACAAUAUUUCUCACACUGUACCGCGAUAAGUCUAACAAAUUUGCAAUUUUUGAGUUUGAUUUCCCGGAAUUAAAAAAUUUAAUUACACUGGUCAACACUGGUUUUCCACACGAACUUUGACAGCUAAUUUUGUUUUAUCAGUCCACCCUCAUUAUUACAUGACAGCUGUCAUAUGUCUAUUAGCCUCAUAUUUGUUGUGAUACGGUAAUACUCAUAACUAGUACUAAGUUGUUGAAUUUGAACACUUGUUUGUGAUUUAUUAACCCUGUGAAUAUGUCGAGGAAGUGUAAUAAUGAUCCUAACUCUUUUUGUUAUGUCUGCGGAGAACUAACAUUCAAAAAACAACGACGAAAUUUUACGAAUCUUGUGUUGGAGUGUUAUCACCAAUGUUUUGGUUUUUCUGUCGCCCAUCAAGACAAAUCCUGGGCCCCUCAUGUCUGUUGCAUAACGUGUGUGAAAAAUUUAACUGACUGGAAGAAAGGUGCACGACCUAUGCCGUUUGCUGUACCCAUGAUAUGGACUGAACAGCGAGAUCACGUUUCAGAUUGCUAUUUUUGUCUCACAGACAUAAAAGGUAUAAAUUACAAGAAAAAAACCACAGGUAUUUACCCUAACUUAUCUUCGGCUAUAAGACCAGUCUCUCAUUGUAAAAAAUUGCCAGAACUAAUACCAGUUGCAACUACGUCUGUUGAGAACAAUUCACAACCGUCCACUUCAGGUGAAUGUGUUGACGAGGACGAUGACUUUGAGUUAAAAGGAAUUGUAAACGAGCCACAUUUGAUAACUCAAGGAGACCUAAAUGAUUUGGUUCGGGAUUUAAAUUUGUGAAAAAAGCAGUCAGAGCUAUUAGGAUCACGUCUAAAAGAAUGGAAUUUGCUACAUCAUAAUACAAAAGUUAGCUAUUUUCGAAACCGUGAUCAACACUUCAGAACGUAUUUUUCUCAGGAUGGAGAUUUGUUGUUUUGCAAUAACAUAAAUGAGAUUAUGAAAAUGUUGGACAUAGAGUUUGAUCUCUCUCAGUGGCGUUUAUUCAUUGAUUCUUCGAAAGCAAGUCUAAAAGCAGUGUUAUUGCAUAAUGGAAAUAAGCUUCCGUCUGUACCUCUGGCCCAUGCUGCAAAUAUGAAAGAAACCUAUGAAAAUAUGAAACUUUUACUUGAAAAAAUAAAUUACAGUACAUAUACCUUCAAAAUCUGCUGUGAUCUUAAAGUUGUUGCACUAUUACUUGGACUUCAGCUGGGUUAUACAAAGUUUUGCUGCUUUUUAUGUGAAUGGGAUAGCCGAGACAGAACUAAUCACUAUAUAAAAAAAAACAUGGCCUACGCGUGCAUUGUUAGUUCCUGGGCAAAAAAACGUAAAGUAUUUACCCCUUGUACAGCCAAAUAAUGCGCUUCUACCACCAUUGCAUAUCAAAUUAGGAUUAAUAAAAAAUUUUGUGAAGGCAAUGGAUCGCAAUGGGAGUGGAUUUUUGUAUCUAAAAGAAAAAUUCCCUAAAAUAAGUGAUGCAAAGAUAAAAGAGGGUAUUUUUGUUGGUCGUCAAAUUAGGAAGUUAAUAAAAGAUUCAAGAUUUGAAGAAAAAUUAAGCGAUUUAGAAACAUCUGCAUGGAAGGCUUUUAAAAAUGUUGUUGCAAAUUUUUUGGGUAACCACAAGAGUGACAGGUACAGAGAGUUGGUUAGCGAGCCAUUAUUGUCAUAUCAAGCAUUGGGUUGCAACAUGUCACUUAAGAUCCAUUUUUUAGAAUCGCACCUGGUUUUUUUCCUGACAAUUUAGGGGCUGUCAGCGACGAGCACGGUGAGAGGUCCCAUCAGGACAUUUCUAAUAUGGAAAAGCGGUACCAGGGCAAAUGGAGCCCAAAUAUGUUAGCAGAUUACUGCUGGACAAUUAAAAGGGACCAACCAGAAGCUAAAUAUUCAAGAAAAUCUUAGAUUACUAAGUCAUUUAUAAAAAAAAAUAACUUUUGAUUUACGAGAUCUGUUUUUUCUUAAUAUUUUAAAUUACUCAAUAGAAUAAAAUCGUUGUCUAGCAAAUUUUUUUAACUGUUUAUUUUUUCUUACAAUCACCAAUUAAAGUAAAAAAUAUCAAAAAAGUCCGUGUGGCACAACAAAGUUAAAAUUUUGUUGACCAGUGUUAUCAGUAACCGAAUUUUCUCACUAAUAACCUUUCCUCUACCCAUUUCGAAAACCUUAACUACCCAAAACUAUUUUAAACGUAUUCUGACAGCUGUGAUUAAUAAAAACAAUUGUCAUGGCUUUUAUUUUUCACAGCCACCUAUGCGUUAUAGACUUAUUUUGCAUUGAAAUGAAAAUAGGUUGAUAUGCUGUAAUUGCAACAUGUGUUAUUUUUAUGCUGCAAAUUUGAUUAGGGAGUGAUAAAGUUGGUGUUUUCUACUAUAUCUUAUCAAAAUAUUCAUUGUUAAUAUUUUAAACCUAUAACACCCUGCUACAUUUUUAUUAUUUGUGUUUGUUAAGAAAAAAACUAAGAUUUCAAUAGUUGGGCAAACUGAAGUGGGAUGGGGCUCGUAAAGGCCAUUUCUGUGCAUGGUGAUAAUUGUCAUAUUAUUGAUAUUGUUAUGAUCAUGCAGAGAAACGGUUUUACUUUUUUAUGCGAAAUCCGCGCACGGGCUUGAAAAAAUCAGGCUACCAACUUAAAUCGAUGGAGAUUUAAAGAAUAAGUUUAAUUUUAACAGAAAUCAGUGGCGUACCAUUAAUGUCUAUGAAAAUUGAUAGGUGAAGUUACAUACGAACGCCACUGGAGGAAAUUAAAAAAUGUAUCACACCAAAUCCUUUUAAUACCUAGUACAUGUCUGACAAAUUUCAUUAAAAUAUCUAAAGUGGUAUACAUUAUAGAGUCGUUUUAUAAAUCAAAAAAAUUACAAUUCGAUAUUAAUAAUAAAUGAUUUGGUUUUGAAAACUGUACCACCAUGUAUCACAAGUUUCCUUCUCAAAAUGGAAACCCUGAAAAAUUGAAAUUCAAUGAGGAAACAUCCUGUAUAGAAUGGUAGCGCGCCAGGACACAAUUUUUACAUUUCUGGUGUAUCAUCGUGGUGAACUGUUCAACAACCUGGUAUUUAUGGGCAAAUGAUUCUGAUAUACAUGAAUACAAAAUGUAUCUGUAGCAAUGCUUCAAUUUGUAAAGUUUACACAUGGUUUUCUGUUAAUGUUAAGGUUUUUGAGCAUUUGUGGCAGAGAGAGAGAUAGAGAGAGACAAAUGUUCUGGAAUAAUUAUUCUAUAUGUUGGGGGCAAAGACGAUCAAUUGUCGAUGAAAACAUAACUCACUAAUGCUUUAACAACCAUUGCUCGAGAAAUGACGCCGAUUCUCCGUCAUAGUGAUACAGUGGAGUGUAAAGUCAAAUUAUACUGGACAACAAAUUUUAGUUUUUUAAUUGUAUCUUGUGGGAACAGUGCACUUCUUUGUUAAUUUUGGGGCGCUGAAUCCAAAAAUGACAAUGAAAUAAAAAAAUUAGUUGCGGUUUAGAAAAAAAACUUUUUAUUUUUAAGGAUAUAUUAAAAAAAGUAACAAGAGUCCAACAGUAGUCUGCAAGCAUGGAAGGAUUCCACUUUCCCUGGUACCUUUUAUCCAUUGUUGAAAUAUCCUGAUGAAAACGUUCGCCAUGCUCAUCACUUACGGCUCCGCAAUUGUCAGGAAAAAAGUCCAGGUGUGAGUGUAGGAAAUGUAUCUUAAGAGACAUAUUACAGCCCAUCUUUUGAUACGAUGACAGCAUAUUUUUGACAAGGGUUUUAUAGUUGUCAGCUUUUCUAUUGCCCAAGAAAUUAGUGACCACCAGACGGAAAUCAUUCCAAGCAGUUUUUUCAAUACCUGUUAAAGUGUUUUCAAACUGUGUAUCUUUCAAAAUAUUUCGAAUCUGUGGCCCAACAAAAAUACCUUCUUUAACCUUUGCCUCACUUAGUCUUUGAAAUUUCUGACGCAGGUAUUGAAAAGCUGACCCAUCUCUAUCUAAUGCCUUGACAAAGUUUUUCAUUAGGCCCAACUUGAUAUGCAGUGGUGGUAAUAAAAAUUUUUUCGAAUCUACUAAUGGCAUAUCCUGUACAUUUUUUUGACCUGGCUCUAGGAAUUGACGAACAGGCCACUUUUGCUGGUGUAAUGAAGUGCCUUUGCCCGACUGUCCCAUUCACCAAAAAAACAGCAAAACUUUGUGUAGCUUAGCUACAGCCCAAGUAAAAGUGCAACAACUUUCAAAUCGCCACAAAUAUGCCAUUGGUGCUCAUCGUAUUUUAUGCAUGUCAAUAGGUGCUUCAUAUUGUCAUAUGAUUCUUUCAUGUGAACUGCAUACCCUACAGGAAGAGAUGGUAAAAUAUUUCCAAUAUGCAAUAACACUGCCUUUAAACUCAAUGUUGAACUGUCUAUAAACAAUCUCCAUUCUUCUGGGUUAUAGUUUAUAUUUAAAGCCGCCAGUAAGCCGUUAAUGUUACUGCAGAAAACCAAGUUAUUCUCCAUAUUGAAAAAUGGUUCUAAGUAUUUGUGGCGUUUACGAAAAACACAUACCGAAACAUCGUCUUCUAACAAGUUCCACUGCUGCAGUCUUGAUCCAAGUAACUCUGCCUUACAUUUUGGAAGUUCUAAAUCUCUUACAAGAUCAUUUAAUUCUGACUGUGUUAUUUUGUGCGGUUGGUGGCAUGGCGUGCUCGGUAUAAAAUCAGGAUCUCUUGACGUUGAUGGCAUAUCUUCUUCCUGAUGAAUCACUCGAUCGCCAUGAUCUGAUUCGUUUUCUGAUUCGCAAGUGUAGGAUUCUGGGGGUUUUGGAAUAGGAUUUUCGUCACUGUGAGGCACAGGUCUCAUCGCAGAUGGUAUGUUUGGGUAGUUAAUAACCGAUUUUUUUUUCUUGGACAUACCUGUGGCUUGUCCAACACAAGGUACCAUGCAAAAGUGACAAUCAUUAAUAUGAUUUGUAGGCUCUCUCCAAACCAUUGGGACAGCAAAACGCAUAGACUGUUUUUUGCCUUUUAACCAGCUCCUCAGACUUGAAGCACAUGUAUUACAGCAGAUGUCGGGUGCCUACUGUUUGUCUUGAUCACCUAGUUGACAACCGAAAUAAAGCUGAUAUGCCUUUGUUAUUAGUGGAGUAAUAGACCGUCUCUGAGACGCAAAAGUCACAUCACCACACACGUAACAAAACUGAUCUAGAUUGUUUACACACUUUCGAGACAUCUUGCAUGAACGCUGUCAGCCAACUGAGGCAAAAAUGGCUAAUAUAAAACAAUAUAAUGUACACGUAUGUAUAACGUAACACAAUCAUGCCGAUUACAUCAUCUUUCCUUGCCGAAUAUAAAAAUGUAGCACGUGCAUUCUUGUGAAUUACAGUAUAUUAACACUGUCACAGCAGGAACACAUAUAAUUACCGUAUCUCUAAACCUUGAACUAAUAUUGAAAAAAUAAGUUUCAUUCCGGUUUUAGCACAUUAAAAAUAGUAAUAUUUUGUUGAUUUUAUUUAGGAUAUUUCUCGGCUGUUGAGAAGAAAUCGGACAAGGAAAUAUUGGACCGAUUUCGCUGUUCUCUCUGCUUACAACGAUCAAAUAUUGAACAAAAACAUGUGCUCUUCCACCAAUCACAAAAUAAUUCUGUAGCUGACAAUAGAGUAUGCGGUGAGGGAUGUCAGGAAGGGGUUAGGUUGGGCUUACGAAUUUUGUACUUUAUUAUCAAACCUUAAUCCUUCUCGAUCAACUGUUACCUGAGUAUAAUCUAGGUACCUCCUACUACUACUUAUGUGUAAGUUAAAUCGAUAUGUAAAAAAUUCUUGAAUUCUAAUAAACAUACGUAGGUGUUACUUUUCUUUGUCACUCAGUAUAUUAUUUGAAAGAUCGCCUCCCGCAUAAAUAAGUGUAUUUUUGUGUAUAGUAUGUGCGUGAAGGUUUAAUUUGAAAACUAAAUGAAUUCAUAUAAUUUUACUAUUUUACUUUUUCUCCGAUAUUUGGGACCAGUGGAAGAAUAGCUACAUGAGCUAAGCUUCGCCCUUUUAUAAUGUAGUCAUUAUUUGUAUAAAUAAAGACGAUUAUUAUUAUUAUA